AUGAGUGGAAAGUAAGGUUGAGGUCAGUUUAAAACCAUGAAUAAUUUGCGAAUCUUUUCAGGUAUGCCCGUAAAAGAAAACACGAUCUAGAUCAGGAUACCACCAAAGAAGGAAGUAAUGAGUAGGUGCUUUCGGUUUAUUUUUGUUCUUUAGGUUUAUUUUGAGGAUUUGGUUGACGUUGGGUUGAAGAAAUUGGGAGAUUUUCGAAAUUUCUUUAUAGUUUCAUGCUUUAUCGGUUAGAUCCUCUCUUAUCAGUUAGAUAAGGUAGUUUGGCAUGCGUCGAGGUGUACUCGUCAUAUUCUGGAACAAAAAGGCUUGUUUUUACCCAUUCCUCUUCUUUCAGUGAGCCAAAACGUAGAUCAUCUCGUCAUUCCGCUCCUAAGCCAUCCAAAAAGGACGAAGCAGAGGAAAUAUCGAUCGAGGAGACCAACCGAAUCCGUGCCGAGCUUGGUCUAGCACCCCUUCAGGUCGAAGAGCCUCCAAAAGCACCGGAGGGAGAUGAAGGGAAUGAGGACGACACGAACGCUGAUGAUGAGAAGGUCUACAAUGAAGAUGGAAUUGAGAUCCACCACAAGAAAGCGGAGAGUUGGACUGAGAAGCGGGAGCAGGAGAAACUCCGUGAGAAGAUUCAGACGCAAAAGGAAAAGCAAAAGAUCUACAGCAAGGUGCUGAAGGUGAAGAAAGGCCUUGCUGAUUCGGAUGAGGAGGAAGAUUUGGAUUCCUGGCUGGAGAAGAGCCGAAAGGCAGCUGAGAGAUUCGAUGAAAUGGAUGAGAUUGUGGAGAAAGCGGCGGAAGAAGAGGUGUGUUUUUUUUUUUUUUUUUUGUUUUUCUUGAGUUUAGGUCGUAAUUCUAUUGAAGAAUGAAGUUUUCCUCAAGGCUGCUGUCCUUUUUGCUCAGUAAAUUGCAAUUUCAGACAAAAAGGGCUAAACCGAAAGUCAAGAAAGGAACGAAGUCGGCGCCUUCAUCUUCAACCUCCAAUCUUCUUAUUGGUCACUCAAAAGAGGCAUUUGCCGAUGGAUCGGAAACCGUUCUUGUUCUGGAAGACCGAGGCGUUCUUGAUGAAGAUGGCGAAGAGAUUCUGAUCAAUCCGAACUUGGUCGACAAUGAGCGACAUAAAAAGAAUGUGGAGCUAAGGAAACAGAAGAAGGAUUAUAACCCAUAUGAUGAUGAUGAAGUGGAUGAAUUUGGAAUGACAAAGAAGCAACAGAUCUUGUCCAAAUACGAUCGAGAUCUGGAUGGCGAUGUCAAACGAGAGACUUUCCGAUUGGGUAAGGGGUUUUUGAGAAUUUAAGUUAUAUUAUAGUGGGCUAGUGUUUAAAAAAUUUUUAUUUUAGAUGAGGCUGGCGGCUAUGAUUUGGACAAAGAAGAGCGUGAAUUGGAAAUGAAAAGGAAAUUGUUCAUGGCAAAUAAAAAGCUGGAAAGUUUGGAGUCAUCGAAGUACACCUUGGCCAGAGAAUUUUACACCGAAGAGGAAAUGGUCUCAUUCAGAAAGCCAAAGAAAGUAAAGAAGGAUAAGAUGAGGAAACGAAAAACUUUGAAGGCAUCUGACAUCCAACCCGAAGAUAGUGGGGAUCUGGAGGCAGAAAAGAAGGAAAAGUAGGUUAAUGAGGUGGUGUGGAUGUCAUCGGAGGCUUCUGGUUGUAUUAUUGGAGUGAUUUGAUCGGUUUUUUGGCAAGGAAAGCACUUAUAUGGAGUAUGGAGCUACAGGUCGAGAUAUGCAUCAAAAAAUCGCAAAUUUUUUUUUGAUUUAGAAUGUGUAAAAAUUAGCUGCCCAAUUUUAGUUUGUAAGGGCGAAAAACCCCUCAGAACUUUAGUCGCAACACCUCGCAGCCUUUUUUUUACAUUGGAACUACUAUGAAGUUGUAGUAUUAAUCAAAUUUGAUAUUGCUUGUCGAGAUGCUAGGGUUUACUUGAGCUCAAAACAAAAUUUUUGAAAUGGAAAAAACUUGGUCAAAAAGGAAUUUGCUGGUGUUGCAAGAAAAGUUGUGUCAAGGGAAUUCGCAUUUUUCGCAAAUCGACCCAUACUGGUGACCUAGUGGACGUUGAAGGCCUCAGACAGUGCAAUAAGAAUCUGGUUUUCAAAAGUUUUUACGGGCCCUGAGGGCAGAGUUAUGGCUCAUCAAGGUACACGCAAAAAUCCCACCGAAAAGACCCUUCAAAAGAGAGGUUUAACUCUGCCCUCAGGGCCCGUAAACACUUUUGUAAGCCAUUUUUUUAUUGCACUGUCUGAGACCUUCAACUUCCACUAGGGCACCAGUAUGGAUCGAUAUGCGAAAAAUGUGAAUUCCCUUGUCGGAACUUUUCUCGCAACACCAGCAAAUUCCUUUUUGACCAAGUUUUUUUCCAAUUCAAAAUUUUUGUUUUUAGCUCAAAUAAACCCUGACAUCAUGACAAGCAAUAUCAAAUUUGUUUAAUACUACAACUUCACAGUCGUUCCAAUGUAAAAAAGAGGCAUUUGCGUGUUGUUUCGAGAAAAGUUCUGAAGGUUUUUUCGCCCUUACAAACUAAAAUUGGGCAGCUAAUUUUUACAUAUUUUGGAUCAGAAAAAUUUUGCGAUUUUUUUGAUACAUGUCUCGACCUGUAACUCCAUACCCCAUAGAAGCACUUUCCUUGUGAUUUUUUUUGUUAUCUCGGCAGCCUGCGCCCUGCACAACCUAAAAUACGAUUCAAUUUCAGGGCCAAACGUCUCGCCGCCCGCCGCCAAGCCGAGUCGGGCGAAGCCCCGGAGGGCAAUGGGAAGUCGAUAAGUUCGUUUAAGGAAAUAAAAACUGAAGAGGAAAUGGAAGAAGGAGAAGUUGAAGACGAAAAGCCUCAGGUGAAAAUUGGCGGGAAGUGGAAGGAAAAUACUCGAGGGAAUGUGGACAUAAAGAAGUUGAAGAGCUUGGCCGAGAGGAUUGGGAAAGCCAGCGACAGCGAAGAGGAGGAGAGCGAUGAUGAUGGUGGGUUUUGAAAUUUUUUGAUUUUUUGGAGGUUUUUUAGAAGAAAAGAGAUGAUUUUUAAGUAAUAUUUGAUUACUUUUUUUUUGGGGUUUUUGACAACGAAUGUACUUCUAUGAGGUAAAGUUACAGGUCGAAAUAUAUAUCAAAAAAUUUGCAAAAAUUUUGGAAUUCAGAAUAUAUAAAAAUUACCUGCCUAAUUUUGGUUUAAUGACAUGUUUUUGUCCUCAGAAAUUUUCUCCCGACACCAUGCAGGUGCCUUUUUGACGAUUUUUUACCAACUAAAAUUUUUUUGUUUCACGCUAAAAUAAACUUGGGGUCCUGACAAGCCAUAACGUAUCAAAUUGGAUUAAGACUACACCUUAAUUUUAAUUGGUAAAAAAAUAGUCAAAAAGGUACUUGCAUGGUGCCCCGAGAAAACUUCUGAGGACAAAAAUAUGUCAUUAGAUCGAAAUUAGGCAGCUAACUUUUAUAUAUUUAGAAUCAGAAAGCUUUUGCGAAUUUUUUGAUAUAUAUCUCGACCUGUAACUCCAUACCCCAUAUAAGUACUUUCCUUCUGAAUAAUAAUUGAUGAUUUUUUUUUAUUUUUGGCUCCUAUUCGGCAUUGCUUUAGAUUUUGUUGGCGGCGCGAACAUUGGAGGCGUGAUUCUCGAUGACGAAGCCGAAGACGAACUUCACGCUGCACUAGAGAAGACGAGGAAACUGAAUCAAGCGAAAGAGAACGAAUCCUCGGACAAAUGGCGCCAGGAAUUGCUGAAACGACGGAUAAAGAAGGAGGAGGAUUCGGACGAAGAAGAAGAGGACUUUGCCCUCCCCGGCAACUCGAAAGGCCUCGUCAUCGAUGCCACCGCCGAGAGCUACAAAUCCAUCGGCGAAAUCCUGAGCCUGGGCUUGGCCGGCAACCGCGAUGACAAUGUGGAUUACUCGGAGAUCAAACAGGAAGAAGAGGCACGAAAAGUGGUCAAGAAAACCGAGAGCGAGGUGUCGGACACGGAUUCGGAAAUGGAACAGGAUGAAGAGGACCUACAGUCAAAGGAAUUGAAGAACAAAGUGGAAUUGGACAGCAGAAUGGGCGACUUUGAAGAGGACGGACCGAAAUGGAAGGAAAUUGGAGACGAUCCGCCAGAAUCAAGCAGAAGAGAGGCCAAACAGGAAAGGAAGAAGCCCAAGAAGGAGGUAGGAAGCAUUUUGUAUUGGUUUGGAAGGGUUUUUGUGUUGGUUUGCAAGGGAAGUACCCGACGCUCAGAUUUUCUUUAAAUUUUGCACAAAAGUCGGGAAUAGACUAAAUAUCGGUUCCAGAAAGUCUUAGCUCGCGCUUUGCAGACCCAGCCGAGAUAUUGAACGGUUUUUUCGGCCGAGAGAGUACACUAAUUGGAGAGCGGUCAGAGAAAACAGCACUUUUUGGCCAUAACUUUGCUAGUUUAGCGCGGAAAACAUCGAUUUUUUGGGGAAACAUUACCCUCUAUGGUAGAAAUAGACAUGAAAUUUUUCGUGCCGAAAUUCGGCAAAAGGUAUCAAAUUUUCGCCAACUUUCGAACUAAAAAUCUCAGUUAUUUCGACAAAGCGCGAGCUAGGAUUGUCGCAUAUAUUUUACAAAAAAUUACUCUAAAUUUGUGCCAAGUUUCAUCAAAAUCUGAGCGUCGCACUUGGGGCACUUCCCCUGUUCGGUAAUAAAUUUUGAGUUUUUAAAAAUUUUCAGAAUGGCUUUGUAUUUGUAUGUUGUUAUGUUUUUUUUUUACUUUUUAGGACGAAGAAGUCUUUGGCGUUGACUAUGAGAAUGUUUUGGGAGAAGAAAGGGAUGUAACAAAAGGUGUGGGGGCCAUGUUAAAGAUGGCUGCAGAGAGAGGAUACCUCCCAACGAAAAAACAGGGAUCCAGUGGAAGCCAUCUUUCCCAUUUGGAAUCCAAGCGCUUCUCGAGAGUUGAAGGAGGGAAUAAGUAAGUUUUUAGAGGUUUUAAGAUGCCUUACGAGAUUUGAUUUGUGGUGUUUUGUAUGAUUUUUUGGUGGAUUUUGGGGAUUUUUUUACAAGGAAAGUACUUCUAUGGGGUAUUGAGUUACAGGUUAAGAGAUGUAUCAAAAAACCGCAAAUUUUUUCUGAUUCAGAAUGUGUGAAAAUUAGCUGGCUAAUUUUGGUUUGCAAGGGCGAAAAAACCCUCAGAACUUUUCUCGCAACACCCGAAAAUGCCUUUUUGAACAAGUUUUUACAAAUUCGAAAGCUUUGUUUUGGGCUACAGUAAAGGACCUGAUCCAAUGGCAAAAAACAUGUCAUUUUGCAUCCGGGAAGUAUCAAAAAAUGUGGCAAAAUGCCUCCCUCUCCAAGUGAAAAAACUUCAUUUUGAAAGGCGCCGUUUCCCUCACAAAAAAAGCGGGCCCGCUUUUGAAAUCGGAGUUUUUUCACGUGGAGAUGGAGGUAUUUUGCUACAUUUUGUGAUACUUCCUGGAUGCAAAAUGGUACGUUUUUUGCCACUGGAUCAGGUCCGCCACUGUAGCUCAAAACAUUGCUUUUCAAUUUGUAAAAACUUGGUCAAAAAGGCAUUUUCGGGUGUUGCGAGAAAAGUUCUGAAGGGUUUUUCGCCCUUACAAACCGAAAUCAGGCAGAUAAUUUUUGUAUAUUCUGAAUCAGAAAAAUUUUGCGAUUUUUUUGAUAUAUCUCUCGGCCUGUAACUCCAUAUCCCAUAGAAGUUUUUUCCUUAAAAAAAGACCCAAAAUCCACCAAAAAUCUUAUAAAACACAAUUUUGCGAUUUUUUUUUGAUACAUGUCUCGACCUGUAACUCCAUACCCCAAAGAAGUACCUUGUAAAAAAAACUAUUUUUUCUUGGCAAAAUUUUUUGUCUUUUCAGUGACUUGGAAGACAAAUACAUCCGGAAAUUGGAGCGAUCCGCGGGUUCCGGCCCCACCCGCCACUUUGAGGACAAGGCCGACUACAACCCGGACAUCCAAAUCAUGUACACGGACAAGAAGGGACGCGUCUUGGAUCAAAAGGAAGCCUUCCGAGAACUGAGCUGGAAAUUCCAUGGCAAAACCCCGGGCAAGAAGCAGAUCGAGAAACGCCAGGCGAAGCUGGCCAAGAAGGAGAAGAUGAAAAAAAUGAACAGCUCCGACACCCCGUUGGGCACCUUGGCCAAGCAACUCAAGAAACAGGAACAGACCCAAAGCGCGUAUUUGAUCCUCACCGGCUCUCAGAGGUCCGACAUGGCUCCAAUUCAAAAGGACUGA